ACCCGGCACGCCUGCGCCUCAGGCCCGGCCCCUCUUCCGUGAGCGCUCGGGAUGUUUGGCGUUACCAAGGAGCUGCUGGGGCCCUUGAGAACGCCGCUGGUCUCCGCGGCAACCCGGGAGGACCAAACCCGACCGAGGUGGCCGCGGCGAGAGCGGCUGCGAUGAUGUCCAACCCAGUGCAUGGCCUGCCCUUUCUCCCGGGCACGUCCUUUAAGGACUCCACGAAAACAGCAUUUCAUAGAAGCCAGACGCUUGGCUAUAGGAAUGGCUAUGCAGUUGUUCGACGUCCAACAGUUGGGAUCGGCGGGGACCGGCUCCAGGUCAGCCAGCUGUCUCAGGCUGAGCUGGACGAGCUGGCCAGCAAGGCACCAGUCCUCGCGUACGGCCAGCCCAAGCAGGCCCCGCGUGCAGAAUUCAUUCCUGCCUAUGUGGCUUUCGACAAAAAGGUGCUGAAAUUUGAUGCCUAUUUCCAAGAAGAUGUUCCUCUGUCAACUGAGGAACGUUACAGGAUCCGCCGAGUGAACAUUUACUACUAUCUGGAAGAUGACAGCAUGUCUGUCAUAGAGCCUGUUGUGGAAAACUCCGGGAUCCCUCAAGGCAAGUUAAUCAAACGACAGCGCCUAGCCAAGAAUGACCAGGGAGACCAUUACCAUUGGAAAGACCUAAACCGAGGAAUAAACAUCACAAUUUAUGGCAGAACUUUCCGCAUUGUUGACUGCGACAAGUUCACACAGGUAUUUUUGGAAAGUCAAGGAAUUGAAUUAAAUCCACCAGAGAAGAUGGCUCUCGAUCCUUACACUGAACUCCGGAAACAGCCUCUUCGUAAGUAUGUGACUCCAACAGACUUUGAUCAGCUCAAGCAGUUUCUCACCUUUGACAAACAAGUUCUUCGAUUCUACGCGAUCUGGGAUGAUACAGACAGCAUGUUUGGUGAAUGUCGGACCUACAUCAUUCAUUACUAUCUUAUGGAUGAUACAGUGGAAAUUCGAGAGGUCCACGAACGGAAUGAUGGGCGAGAUCCCUUCCCACUCCUCAUGAGCCGCCAGCGCAUGCCCAAGGUUUUGGUGGAGAAUGCAAAGAACUUCCCUCGGUGUGUGCUGGAAAUCUCAGACAAGGAGGUGUUGGAAUGGUAUACUGCCAAAGACUUCAUUGUUGGGAAGCCACUCACUAUACUUGGGAGAACUUUCUUCAUUUAUGAUUGUGAUCCAUUUACUCGGCAGUAUUACAAAGAAAAAUUUGGAAUCUCCGAUUUACCACGCAUUGAUGUGAGCAAGAAGGAGCCACCUCCUGUGAAACAGGAAUUACCUCCCUAUAACGGUUAUGGACUAGUUGAAGACUCUGCUCAGAAUUGCUUUGCGCUCAUUCCAAAAGCUCCAAAGAAAGAUGUUAUUAAAAUGCUGAUGAAUGAGAACAAGGUGCUUCGUUAUUUGGCUGCACUGGAAUCCCCCAUCCCAGAAGACAAAGACCGCCGAUUUGUCUUCUCUUAUUUUCUAGCCACUGACAUGAUCAGUAUCUUUGAGCCUCCUGUUCGCAAUUCUGGUAUCAUUGGGGGCAAGUAUCUUGGCAGAACUAAAGUUGUCAAACCAGGCUCCUCAGUGGAAAACCCCAUCUAUUAUGGCCCCAGUGACUUCUUCAUUGGUGCUGUGAUUGAGGUGUUUGGCCACCGGUUCGUCAUCCUUGAUACAGACGACUGUGUUCUGAAAUACAUGGAGCGCAAUGCUGCCCGGUAUUCACCAGAAGCACUCCUGUCAAUUCAGAACCGUGUUCGAAAGCAAGAAGCUCCUGCACCAGAAUUGGACAAGUCUUCGUUGCCCCGCGGCAUGUGGGAUCUUAGUUCCCCGACCAGGGAUCGAACCUGCAUCCCCUGCAUUGAAAGGCGGAUUCUUAACCACUGGACCACCAGGGAAGUCCCCAUCAUACUACUUUUAAGUCUGUUUCUAAAACAUUUAUUUUUAGAUGCUGUAACAUAGAUGAUGACAAUCAUGUGACUCCCACAAACACCAGACUUGGGGGUGGUAGUGGUGGUAGAUUUGGCUCUUUGCAGGGAUUUAAUAGACGGCAGCAAGGGAGGCUGAGCCUAGUCGGGGUUCCUGACAUGAGCUCAGCCAUCUGCCAGCCCCUGCAGGCAAGUGUUCAGUUAUUGAUCAGCUCAGCAUCAGAGCUGUUUGUCAUCAGAUGCUUCCCCGACUUCACCAAGUGAGAACUUCGGUCGCUGAGGUAAGACCAUUCGAGAAUAAACACCACAUCCAUCCAUCUCCUCUCU